CCUUGAGAGGCUGGCAGCCCUGGAAGAUCCCGGAAGCCAGCCGCUGCCUAGCUUAGGGUGGAAUACUGAAGCAACCGGAGCAAUGGCCCCCAAAAAACAAGAAAAAGCCAAACUUCCUGUUCCCCUUCCAGAAGGCAUGAUUCUGAAAGACACAGAAGGAAAAACAUGGCAGUUGGGUAAAAUGAUUGGUUCUGGAGGGUUUGGAUUAAUAUAUUUAGCUUCUCCAUGUCCGAAUAAACAAGUCCGAGAUGAAGAUGCUCUUUAUGUUAUAAAAGUGGAAUAUCAAGAAAAUGGUCCACUCUUUUCAGAAUUGAAAUUUUAUCAGAGAGCUGCGAAGCAAGACUGUAUCAAAAGAUGGUUGGCAUUCAAAAAACUUGAUUUUUUAGGAAUUCCUCGGUUCUGGGGAUCAGGUUUGGCUGAACACAAUGGAAAAAGCUACAGAUUCAUGGUUAUGGAAAGACUAGGAAUGGACUUACAGAAGAUCUUUGCCCAGAGAGGCAGAUUUCAAAGGGAAACUGUCCUACAGUUGGGUGUGCGGAUGUUAGAUGUGUUGGAAUAUAUACAUGAAAAUGAAUAUGUGCAUGGUGAUAUUAAAGCAGCAAAUCUACUCCUGGGCUAUAGAAAUCCCCAUCAGGUUUAUCUUGCAGAUUAUGGACUUUCCUACAGAUAUUGUCCCAAUGGGAACCACAAACAGUAUCAGGAAAAUCCUAGAAAGGGCCAUAAUGGGACAGUAGAGUUUACCAGCUUAGAUGCCCACAAGGGAGUAGCCCCAUCUAGACGAGGCGACCUUGAAAUCCUCGGCUACUGCAUGCUGCAAUGGCUUUGUGGGAAACUGCCCUGGGAACAGAACCUGAGAGACCCCGUGGCCGUCCAGACUGCUAAAACAAAUCUUCUAGAUGAGCUCCCCAAUUCAGUGAUGAAGUGGAAUCCUUCUGGAAACAGCUGCCGUGAAAUUGCCCAGUUUUUGGCAUAUGCCAAUGGUUUAGCAUAUGAUGAAAAGCCCAAGUAUGAAAUACUAAAGAAAAUUCUGUUGGAUGGAUUAGAAUCAAGUGGAAUACUCCACAAAGAGCUCCUGGAAUUUUCUACUGCUGGACAUAUCAGGAAUCUAGAGACGGCUUCUUCUAAAAAGCAAAAAGUUAAUGCACAGAAGCCUAUCACAGAACAAAUCAACCAAGUACAAAAGAAGUUAAAAGAUGAGAGAAUUGCUGGGUCUCAUGUUAUCCAGAGACAAGCACAAAAAGAGGAGAAACUGGCUGGAUUGACUAACAGUGAAACAGCUCAGGAAAGCACAGUGAGAAGAAACAAAUAUCAGCACCAUCAAGAAUUUUUAUCAGGGGUAAAAGAACUCCCCAGGAAAACCAGCUAUGAGGAUUUUUCAAGCUCAUUUUGUGGACAACAUCAAGAUUUUCCCAGCCUGGGCAUAUCGAGGAAACACUCAUCUUCUUAUUCUUAUGAUGUUCCUACUCACCUCAAUGCCAAGGUUACGAACUUCAAAAAAUAUGAAACAACAGGGUUUUGGUCCACUAUUUCCCAGCUUACACUCAGUGAAGAGACUAAGGCAGAUGUUUUCCACUAUGGUUUAACCAUAUUUUUUCUUUUGAUUUUAGUCGUUCUUUCUUUGUAUUUUCUCUGAAGAUAGCAGCUUAAAUUCCUUCUGGUUAUUUUCUUAAUUUCUUCUUCUUUACCGAAGAAAUGUUUCAAGUUCUUAUUUCAGGGUUUCCUUCCAGACAUUUUCAAUGUAAUUGGCUUGGAAGAGGGAGAAUACUUUUUAAGUACGUAAGAACUUGGAAAAAUAAAACCUCUGAAUCAUA